AUGUCCGCGCACCACCCACGCCAGCGUCUUCCGAUUUCUUGUGAGCCGUGCCGUGUUCGCAAGAUCCGAUGUCCCCGAAAUGGCCCCGCUUGCGGCACUUGUAUACGACGCCGUGUUCCUCUAGAGCAAUGUGUCUAUAGUACCAGGAGAAAACCCUCACAGCGCCAGCCGCAGCAGUCUCAGCCACAAGCUCGCCCACUGGAAAAUCGCUCAUCAUCCCCUGAGACCACUCUCCAACCACAUUAUCAAGGUCUCGCCGGAGAACCAGAUGCGGAUCUGGUAGCUCGGAUAGAAAAGCUAGAGCAGCUGUUGCAUGCAAAGAACCAACAGCCAGAUACAACACCAUCUUCGCUCAAUUUUCCUCAAUUGGAUUCAGAGGUACAAGAGACCCGGAGAUUAGGACCAGUGACAACGUUUACAACGGGCACUCUCAUCCCAUCCACUUCAGGACACGUCCGAUUCCUCCCCUUUACCUCUGGCCGGCGUGUUUUCAGUCGAGCAACUCAAGAGAGCCCAUUUCUAAGCCAGGAGAGCGCCAUGAUUGACACGCCCAGCGGUCCAUAUCCUUUUGGUGAACACGAUGCUGAAAACAGACCUAAUCUCUUGGCAAAACUCCCACCGACGGAGUAUUGCAACCAGUUAAAGGAUCUAUAUUUUCAUUCGAUUGCGCCCCUCUUUCCUAUCUUACAUAGCCCUACGUUUCACGAACGGUAUCAUCAAUUUUCCAAGGAUCCAGAUCAGGUCUCCCUAGCAUGGCUUGCUCUCCUAUUUACUAUCUUAGGCACGGCUGUUCUCGCACUGGAAAAUGACAGCCUCCUGCUUAAGACUCUCAGCCGCAAACAUACCCCUUGGGAUCGAGUCACGGAACUCUCAGAGCGGUAUUACACCGCGGCGAUGAAAUGCCUCGAAGCAGAUCGCUAUCUCUGGCGACACAACAUCUCAACACUACAGGCGCUACUGAACCUUAUAUAUGGGAUCCACCAUAGUCAUGGCCAAACAUGGACUCUUCUGGGUUUGGUUCAUCAUCUGGCGCUGUCGAUCGGUUGUCACGUUGACCCGGCCACGUUUUCCCUGGAUAUCGUCGAAACCGAAGAGCGUCGCCGCUGUUGGCUAGGCCUGACCAUGCUGCUCUGUAACCAAAAUCUGGCCAUCACAGGACUUGAUAUAUACCAGUCAGUGUUCUCGUCGCGUGUUCUGCCCACAGCUGAGGUGUGGGAUGAGGACAUCGUACAGGGACAACCAGCACCCAUUGCAACCUCAAUAUCCUCCGAGAUCUGUAAUCCUGUUCUGGCUGCACGGCCGGACGAUCCGACAACCCUCCAACGCCUGGACGCGGCCAUCCAAGCCGAUUUAGACCCACUAGAGCAGAGUUACGCCUCGAUGCUUGGGGACAGCUCAUCAGUUGUUCAUACAAAUCUGCUGCUCAGUUUUUCCCAUCACCUAGUCCUCAUUCUCCACAGUAAUAUACUGAAUGAAGAAACCGUUUGUCUACCGCAACAUAGCUGGUCAAAGCAUCGCUGCCUGAAAAGUGCACAGCGCGUCUUAGAACUACAUGCAGACUUCCACGGACUGCCCCAGUUCAUGCCCUUCUACUGGUACAUCCGUGGCCGAGGCGCUUUCCACGCUUUCCACGCCGCGUUCGUCUUGGUGCUUGCCCUUUCUAUAGAGCCCCAAAAACCAUGUACAUUGAACGAGGUGCGACUGCUUCACGAAUGCCAUGCUCGACUCGAGGCGUCAAAGGCGCAAAGUCAGCUGUGCACCCGGACAGCAACGAUUCUCGGCCAGAUACUAUCUAGCAAGUGGAUGACUACCUCGGCCCUGGUACCGGAUGGAUUGCCGAAUUCUGUCUCACAGGGCCCCAAUUCAAAUAGACAGAUGAAUCCCAUCAGCCAGCCCGCGGACCUUAGUAAUGGCCACGCAUUCACCUUGGAGAAUGUCGGCUUUCCCGGUCUGGUUCGUCAAAUCGAGCCACAGCAAUGGAUUAAUCCAAUGGACAUGGAUUGGGAUCAGUGGGAUCUGAUUAUGAAUGCGAUGGGAAGUAUAUCUUGA